GUGGUCAGCAGCAGAUGGUGCUCAGUCUCCCUCCAGCCACCUGUGUGCUCCAGGCAGAGUCCGGCAAGCAUGCAGCGCCUAACGCCAACCCUACUCAUGAUCCUUUGGUUGUUGGCUUGGCACGGUGGAGCCCAUGCCAACGUCCGGGUUCCUGCUAUCGGAGUGAAGCUGUGUGGCAGAGAAUUCAUACGGGCUGUCAUCUUUACGUGUGGAGGGUCCAGAUGGAGGAGAAAUGAAGCCCUGCAGGCGGGGGACCUCACGGAGAUAUUUGGGAACUUAGGUUCCACCGAUGUAGACUCAGGAGAAGAAGAGGUGUUUAGCGAAUGGACGAACAACUUGCGCCCACACAACGGUGACAUCAUGGACUAUGGAGCCCCCCAGAGCUGGAGAGAAGCAUCUGUUGGAAGACAUGGGGUAGCACCAUCAUCAGAUGACUCCCUCAGGGCGGUGGAGAGGAGGGGAAGGGAAGCGGCGUUGGGUUUAUCCAACACAUGCUGUAAAUGGGGGUGCAGUAAGAGCCAGAUUAGCUCACUGUGUUAGAGAGAGGAGGUAGCCACCAUCUUGAUGAUGCCCAUCACAGAGUGAGGGACAGGUCACAUAUAUUGUGACGCACGUUGUGAUGGCAAUGUACAGUGUAUGUAUUUUUAUUCCUGCAUGAGUGGAAGUGUCAGUAAAUUUAUUGACAAUAAAGUCAAACUAUGUACAGUAAGUAAUCUGUGAAAUAAACAUUUUCAAACACUUUCAAACUGAA